AUGAGCAAGGAGAGCUCGGUGUUGUACACGGUGACCAACGCGGCCAACAACACGGCUGGUGGGUCCCGAUUCGAGACGGACAUCGGGGCCAAAGUCGCCCGGCUGACCAUGUACGCGGCCACGCGCUCCACGUGGAGCGUGUUCAACCAGACCGACGAGGGUUCGGAGGAGCGGAAGAAGAUCAGCGCGAUCAGCCUCUUCAUCGAGGACAUGAUGACGGCCGGCGGCGAGAACCAGACGGAGCCGGGAAUGUUGGUGGGGUACGCCAAGGGCACGUCGAUCCACCUGAACGCCCACUUCAUCGGGAACUACAGCGGCAACCUGCGGAGGCAGUUCAACGGCGUGAUCUACGAGAAGGUGGCGAGCAUCUGGCAGUGGGACGCGCGUGGGGAGGCGCCGGCGGGGCUGAUAACGGGGAUAGCCCACUACGUGAGGCUGCAGGCCCGCUACGGUACGCCGGAGAAGGUGAAGCCCGGGGAGGGGGAGCGGUGGGACCAGGGGAACGGGGUCACGGCCAGGUUCCUGAGCUACUGCAAUCAGCUGAGGAGUGGGUUCGUGGCGGACAUGAACAGGAAGCUCAAGCACGGCUACACGGAUGGCUACUUCCUGGACUUGCUCAAGAUGCCCGUGGACCAUGUUUGGGCCAACUACAAGGCCAAGUACCACUACAAGUAG